GUACGAGCAUUGUGCCCAGAUUGCCAACAAAUAGCACAAUGCUUUACUUUAUGUUCUGCUAACUCAAAACUGGAGGGAUUUCUCCUAGUUGAGUUGGUUUGUUGUCGAUUAGAAGCACCAGGAGGAUGUCCUUUGGUACAGGAGCUGGUAGGUUUUCAGAAAUCUACUAAUGCUCAUGGACAUCAUCAAGCAUUAGACUCUGAUUCUCCCCGAAGUGUU